AUGGACGUAGAUUGGUUCCAUGUCAAAUUAUGGCUAGAAGGCCAGAAGCAGGAUACUGCCCAGAUCACAGACUCCGAUGCUUACUUUAUUUCAGUUUCAGUAGAUUUUUGCAUGCCUACAAUCAACUCAUCGACCAAUGAGGAGAAAGAGGAAGAUCCCACAUGGAUAGGAUUGUGGCCCUUACUAGACCCUAUAAAAGAGUGA